AUGCGGCCUUCUCUCCUGUGGUUGGUGGCACCUAGCAUGUGUGAAAUAAGCCAAGGGUCGGUUGAGGCCGACGCAGAGGACUUCGACGACGGCUCUUCCAUCAACAGCUCCGUCACGGGUUUCCCAACUCGCGGCGCCGUGGGUUUUAUGGUGGGCGAGGAGCAGGGUUCCGGCUCUCCCGUGUCUGGGCGCGGGAUAGCGGCUGGCUGCGGCGUUGGGUGGCGGCGGGCAAGGGGGCGAACCGACGGGACGGGGACGGCUCCGCCACCGAAAGACUCCUUGCCGAUCGAACGGAAGAUGGCGUCUAAGGUGGUCUACCACCGGCUGAUCCCCGAGGACGCCUACGCGCCGUACGACCCUACACGUUCUGGGUCGGUGACUGAGUCCGUGUUUCGGCGCGGACUCUCGGACGCAUUUCGCCUGCCUUUCAGCGACGACCAACUCGACACCCUCACCAGGCGGUAUCGGCACGGCGAGAAUAAGAUCCGCGCGACGCUGCGCAGACGCCGUCUUUCAAUCCAGCCCGGUUUCCAGGAGUUCGACAGGAAGAAUGAAGGGCAUGUCUCGGUGGGCCAACUGGCGCGGGUUCUCUGUUCAUUUGGCGUCCUUCCCGCGGAUCACCACACUCAGGAGUUGCUGUCGAAGAGGUACGCCGCCACCGACGACCCGAGGCACCCCACCGGCGUGUUCAUCGCCUACCGACACCUCCUCGAGGACCUCGGCGAAGGGGCUCGGGGAUCGCCUGGUGGCUGCCUCGCUGUGGGCCACCACGAGGGCAGGGGGGGGGGUUCUCGCUUCAAGGGAAAUGACGGCGGCGGCGGCACCUGCAACGGGGACGGGGACCGCGAAGACGGGUGUGGGGGCGGUUCGUCGUCGGUCGGCGGCGGCGGCGGCGGUAGUAGCUCGGGCUGCUGCGGGACGUCGGUCGCGGCGUCGCGCGUGUUCGGGAAACCUACCGGCCUCAGCAGGCCGGCCCACUCCGUGGUAUCGGAGGUGAACAUGACAUCCUCGGUGGUGCUUGGGAGGGGCCGCGACAGAGGGCUAGCAGAGCUGCUGGCCCAACUGAAGGCCUUCACGUUUCGCUCAAGGUUGCGCACGCUAGAGUUUUUCCGUUGCGAUGACGCCAUGAGGAGCGGAUCGAUGAGCCGUGAGAAGUUUGGGCGAAACCUUCUCAGCACGGGGUUCCGCGUCUCUCCACUCGAACUCGAGACCCUCUGUGAGGCCUACGUCGAUCCGAACGUAUCCGACAAGGGCGGGGCCCCCUUCGUGCGCUACGUCCGCCUCGUGGAGGAGAUCGAGGGCGUCUUUGGGGUGCGGGAGCUGGAGCGGAAGCCCGAGUGUGACGUCGACGCCUCGGUCAAAGCCGCACAGGCGUCUUUCUCGCCGAAUCCAGCGGCCGGUUCACCCUCGCCAAAGACGUGCUCGCUCUCUGCGGAAGAAGAGGAGGUCGUCAUGGAGACCUUAAGGGAGCUCGGAGCGGCGAUCCACCGGCGGCGACUGAGCCUAACCCCGCCGUUGCGCGACUUCGACCGGUUCAACAGGGGUGUGGUACCCGGUGCCAUGUUCGACAGGGUCCUGAGCUCGGUCGGCUUGCUCCCUGCUCGCCCCAAGGCGAGGCUACUCCAGCGAAAAUUUGCGGAGCGGUUCUCUUCCCCAGACUCGAGGUCCGACGUGAAUUACAUGGCCUUCCUGGAGGAGGUAGAAACGGCGGUGGCCGGCCACGACAAGAUCCCCGACGGGUUUCUGAUUCGCGCACACGCCAGCACUGGCCAUCGCCAUCCUCCUGGUUCCGGCUCUACUGAUGCCAGCGACACCAACGGUGCGUCCUCAAAGAACGAUGUCAGCGGCGUCGGUGAUACAGGCGGGAGCGUGGACAGAGCAAGUGUUGGGGGCGGUCGACCCCUCUCAUUGGUCGUGAAGGAAGUCGCUCGACAGCUGGCGGUUGGGUGGGCUAACAUCGCGGACUUCUUGAACGACGCCGAUCGCCUGAAGCAAGGGGAGAUCACAUUGCCAAAGCUAAAGGUAGCGCUGGCGCUGGCGGGGGUGCUUCUCACCAACGAGGAAUUGCACAUCCUCGAGCACGGCUUUCGAAGUGACAGGAGCGGAGAUAUGGUGGAUUGGAGGAGGCUAGCAGUCGCCGUGAACAAGGUCGGAGGUCCUCCCGUCGCCACGUCUUGGAACGGCGAGGUAUUCGACCCUUCCGUGGCCGCGGGUAACAACCACCGUCGAUCCCAGCACAACCACCAUCAACCGCGGGGGCACCAGGCGGAGGGUGACUCCGCUCCUGUCCCUCAUCUUGCAUCUGGCGUGCCGUCGCCCAAUACCACUCCGUCUCCUCCCCUCUCACCGUUGUCAUCGCCAUCACCGCUCGGAAGCUCGUCCUCGCCUGCUCAACAGGGGCAGCAAGAGCAUCGGCGGGCGACAUGCGACGGUUCCAGCAGCGCUACCGCUGUCACCAACAGAAUGGCGGCUCGCCAUCAAGAUGCUGUCAUGUACAGAAACAUGGGCAACGGAAGUAGUGGCGGUGAUGGUGGAGGUGUCGGCGCCGGGUGGAACCGUCGCCCAGUGAUGGGUGGUGGUGGCGGCGGUUCAGGCGUGGGCCCAGGGAACGAUAUCGGAGACGCGGUUGAUGUUGAGGUGCUGAAUAAGUCGCUCGACGCGGUGCGGCAUCGAGUGAAGCACUACCGCAUGCACCUUAAGCCCUCCUUCCAGGACUUCGACCCGAACCGCAAGAUGAAGAUCACACGCCAGCAGUUCCUGUCGGUGCUGGGCAACAUGAACCUCAACCUAACCGAGCGCGAGCAAGACACGAUCUGCUGCAGGUAUACUGUGCAUGAGCGGAGUCCAGGGGCUAGAGUGCAGUACGCUGUCUUCUGCGAGGACGUCGACCCCGAGCAUGCGCGGGCCCAGGUGGCGAUGGGAGCGGCGUACUAA